AUGGCUGAGGCCAAGCCGCGCACCUCGCCGUCGUCGUCCUCGUCGUCCAACGGGACGCAGGUUUCCGACAGUGCACCUCUCGACCUCGCCGCCGCCAAGUCGGGACCGCCUCUGCUCGCCCGCACAACGUCUCGCCCGGCGAGGCACGAAGACAUUGCCGCCAACUCGCAAUGGUCGACCGCGACGCAAGAUGCGACGGCCGACGACUUUGACUUUGAGAAGCACCUCAAGCACAUCCUCCGCAAGGCCGACAAGAACGGCGUCAACCGUCGCGACCUCGGCGUCACGUUCAAGAACCUGACCGUCAAGGGCGAGGGCUCGGGCAUCUCGUACGGCUCGUCCCUCACCGGCACCCUCAAGAGCAUCCCGGCGCUGCCCCAGACGCUCAAGGCGGCUCGUCACCCCAAGACCAAGGUCAUCCUCGACGAGUUUACGGGCAUGGUCAAGGCCGGCGAGAUGCUCCUCGUCCUCGGUCGCCCCGGCUCGGGCUGCACCUCGUUCCUCAAGACGCUCGCCUGCCAGACCGAGUCGUUCAAGGAGAUCGACGGCACCAUCUCGUACGACGGCGCUGCGCCCGAGGAGAUGGCCAAGCACCACCGCGGCGACCUCGCCUACCUCCCCGAGGACGACGCCCACCUGCCUCACCUGACGGUCGGCCAGACGCUCGACUUUGCGGCUGCUGCCCGUACGCCUGCCGUCGGCGGUCGUGUCGGCUCGCGCGAGGAGACGAUCACACGCAAGCGCGACGUCCUCCUGUCGCUGUUCGGCCUCAAGCACACGUUCAACACCAAGGUCGGCGACGACCUCGUUCGCGGCGUGUCGGGCGGCGAGCGCAAGCGCGUCUCGAUUGCCGAGCUCCUGUCGACGGGCUGCAAGAUCGGCUGCCACGACAACUCGACCCGCGGUCUCGACGCCUCGACCGCCGUCGAGUACUGCCGCGCCCUGCGCAUCGCGACCGACCUCGGCAACCUGACGACCAUCCUGUCGAUCUACCAGGCCGGCGAGCAGCUGUACGAGCUGUUCGACAAGGUCUGCGUCAUCUACGCCGGCCAGCAGGUCUUCUACGGCCCGAUGGGCGACGCCGUCGCCUACUUCAAGGACAUGGGCUACGAGCCGCAGCCUCGCCAGACGUCGGCCGACUUCCUCGUCGCCGUCACCGACCCCAAGGGCCGGUUCGUCCGCGACGGGUACGAGGGCCGUGUCCCCAAGACGGCCGAGGACUUUGUCCGCCACUGGAAGAAGAGCGAGCACUACAAGCAGCUCGUCGACGAGGUCGACCGCGAGCUCCAGCACCACGGCACCGAGCAGGGUCAGCAGCGCAUCGAGAACUUCCGCGAGAGCGCGCGCGCCGACAUCGUCAAGCGCCAGAGCCCCAAGUCGUCGUUCCUCAUCUCGUACCCCAUGAUGGUCCGCCUCGCCAUGAAGCGUCGCUACCAGAUGCAGAUGGGAGACAUCGCGACGCUCGCCAUCGUCUCUAUCGCGGCGCUGUUCCAGGCGCUCAUUGUCGGCUCCGUCUACUUCCAGAUGCCCAAGGACACGUCCGGCUUCUACUCGCGCGGCGGUGUCAUCUUCUUCGCCAUCCUGUACAACUCGUUCACCGGCAUGGCCGAGAUUACGUCGUCCUACUCGCAGCGGCCCAUCGUCGUGCGGCAACGUGGCUACGCCAUGAUCCGCCCGUCCGCCGACAUUCUCGCCAUGACGCUCGUCGACCUGCCGUUCAAGGCCAUCUCGAUCAUCGUGUUCGACAUCGUCCUCUACUUCAUGGCGGGCCUCGGCUACACGGCGGACCAGUUCUUCAUCUUCUUGCUGUUCACGUACAUCACCAACAUCGCCAUGCUCAUCUUCUUCCGGAUGCUCGCGUCGGCCAACCGGUACGAGUCGAACGCGACGACCGUCGCCGGCCUGGGCGUCCUCAUCAUCGCCAUCUACGUCGGCUACGCCAUCCCUCGCCCGUCGAUGCGGGUCUACUUCCGGUGGCUGUCGUACGCCCAGCCGGUGUCGUUCGGCUUCGAGGCGCUCCUCGCCAACGAGUUCCGCAAGCUCAACGUCCCGUGCGCGCAACUCGCGCCGUCCGGGCCGGGCUACGCAGGCGUCGCCACCGCCAACCAGGUCUGCACGACGGCGGGCUCGGCGCCGGGCCAGACCAUCGUCCGGGGCCUCGACUACCUCGAGGCCAACUUCGGUUACAAGUGGUCGCACACGUGGCGCAACUUUGGAUUCAUCUUCGCCUACCUCUUCUUCUUCUUGGCCAUCAACCUCAUCACGUACGAGAUCCAGCGCGACGAGACGGUCGGCGGCGGCGUCAUGCUCUUCCGUCGCGGUCACGCCCCGAAGGAGCUCGUCGACGCCAUCGAGGGCGCCGGCUCGGGAGGCGACGCCGAGAAGGGCGACGCCAACGCCCGUCCCGAGCUCGACACGGCCGUCGACGAGAAGGAGAAGAACGCCGCCGCCGACACGCUCAAGUCGGCGUCCGACGUCUUUACGUGGCGCAACGUCAACUAUACGGUCCCGGUCAAGGGCGGCGAGCGCAAGCUCCUGUCGGACGUCUCGGGCUACGUCGCUCCCGGCAAAAUGACGGCCCUCAUGGGCGAGUCGGGCGCCGGCAAGACGACCCUCCUCAACGUCCUCGCGCAGCGUGUCAGCGUCGGCGUCGUCACGGGCGACAUGCUCGUCAACGGCAAGCCGCUCCCGCAGUCGUUCCAGCGCCAGACCGGCUACUGCCAGCAGCAGGACACGCACAUGGCCACGACGACGGUCCGCGAGGCGCUCGUCUUCUCGGCCCUUCUUCGCCAGCCUCGCACGACGCCCAAGGCCGAGAAGCUCGCCUACGUCGAGGAGAUCAUCAAGCUCCUCGAGAUGGAGGCGUACGCCGAGGCGCUCGUCGGCGAGGUCGGCAUGGGCCUCAACGUCGAGCAGCGCAAGCGCCUCACGAUCGGUGUCGAGCUCGCCGCCAAGCCCGCCCUCCUCAUCUUCCUCGACGAGCCGACCUCGGGCCUCGACUCGCAGUCGUCGUGGUCGAUCAUGCUCCUCCUCCGCAAGCUCGCCGACCACGGCCAGGCCAUCCUCGCGACCAUCCACCAGCCGUCGUCCGAGCUCUUCCAGCAGUUCGACCGCCUGCUCCUCCUCAUGAAGGGCGGCAAGACCGUGUUCUUCGGCGACCUCGGCAAGAACUCGCAGACGAUGCUCGAGUACUUCCACGCGCGCAGCGACAAGAAGUGCGAGGAGCGCGACAACCCUGCCGAGUACAUCCUCGACGUCAUCGGCGCCGGCGCGUCGUCCAAGUCGGACAAGGACUGGUCGCAGCUCUGGAACGAGUCGGACCUCGCCAAGAAGACGCAGGACGACAUCGACCGGUUCCACGCCGAGAAGGAGGGGCAGGAGUCGGCCGCCGACAAGUCGCCCGACGCCGGCCUCAGCUAUGCCGCACCGAUUACGCAGCAGUUCACCAUCGUCCUCAAGCGCGUCUUCCAGCACUACAACCGCGACCCGACCUACGUCACGGCCAAGCUCAUGCUCAACAUCAUCGCCGGUCUCUUCAUCGGCUUCAGUUUCUGGAAGUCGUCGCUCGACCAGGCCGGUACCCAGAACUUCCUGUUCGCCGUCUUCAUGGCCGUCGUCAUCGCGGCGCCGCUCUCGCAGCAGCUCCAGCCCAAGUUCAUCGGCCUGCGCUCGCUGUACAACGCCCGCGAGCGUCCCUCGAGGAUGUACAGCUGGCCCGUCUUUGUCGCCUCGGCCAUCAUCGUCGAGAUGCCGUACAACAUCGUCUGCGGCACCAUCUUCUUCGUCUGCUGGUACUGGACCGUCGGCUUCCCCUACACCACCGACCGUGCUGGAUACGCCUACGCGAUGUACAUGGUUUUCGAGCUGUACUACCCGACGUUCGCCCAAGCCGUCGCCUCGUUCUCGCCCAACGCCAUGGCCGCCUCGGUCCUCUUCAGUACCUUCUUCUCCUUUGUCAUCAUCUUCAACGGUGUCGUUCAGCCGCCGGUGCAGCUUCCCUACUUCUGGCGCUCGCUCACGCCGUUCACCUACCUGAUCGAGGGUCUGGUCGCCAACGCCCUCGGUGGUCGUCGCCUCAGCUGCACGUACCCUCAGUUCCAGAUCCUCAACCCGCCGGCAGGCCAGCAGUGCCUCGACUACCUCGCGCCGUACAACGCCGCCGCCGGCAGCUACGCCGAGGUCCUGCCCAACGGCGACUGCGGCCUGUGCACGUACGCGACCGGCGACGCGUUCCUGAGGACCUUCAGCAUGAGCUUCUCGCACCGCUGGAGAAAUUUUGGCCUUCUCUUUGCCUAUUGCCUUUUCAACGUCGCGGCCGUCUUCGUCGGGUUCUACCUCUUCUCCAUCUUCGACUGGUCCAAGCUCUCGCGCAAGUCGACCAAGAGCAAGAAGAGCGACAAGACGACGCCGCAGGCCAAGUCGACCAAGGAGGGCGCCGUUCCGCCGCAGGAGCAGGCGCGCGAUUAG